AGUUGUAUGCGACUGAUGGCGCUGACGCUGGAAGUUGUACAUGUUGUGGAGUGUGGAGGGGAGACUGUAGCGUGCGACACAUUCCAUUCCCCUAUCUGUCACAUCCACACGUCGCGUUGCUGCACUGUGUCACCAGGCAUAAAAUACAAAAACCUGGUGAUUAUGACAACGACAGCAGUGAAAGAGCUCAGAGACCCGAACUGGAUUCUGGACAGGCGGAACAGUGGAAAGCUCUUCUGGCGGCGAGACUCCGGAGAUGAGAGGAAAAGGGUAAAGUUCCGAUGUGAUGUGGAGGUGCUAGAGUACCUGAGAGCGGAGGCGGAGCGGAGCCAUGAACACGACUGGAGUGAUGAGGAGGAUGAUGAUGGACACAGUUGGGGGAGAAGAACCUGGGAAGAAGAGAUCCCCCCUCCCAGUAGUCUCUGGGGUGGAGUGUGUAUAUUUGUGAUAGCCGCUGUGCUGACAUAUCAGUGGUUCUCGGUAUGAUUCUGCAGGAGUUUGAAGUUGUGAGGUUCAAGGAGCUUGCAAAUAAGAAGGCGGUUACCUAAAAUGUUGUGUGUUGCAUUGUGAAGUUGAUUGAACCAUGUCUUGGCAUUUUCGAAAGAGAACCAAAAAACGGAGGAGAUGACCUCUUCCUUCGACAUGGGAAGAAGGAUAGGUUGGUUGAUGUACAUUUAGGAAUGAGUUGGAAAAAUUACAGACAGGCAAGAACUUUUUUGCAUUUAUAAGAAUUUUAAAAGUCUGUUAAGAAGUUUGGAAAUAUUGAAAUCUGAUACAUAACUCAAUGAUUGUGGAUACGAAAAUUAUUGUUGAGAAUGUUGUCAUUAAAUUCAUGUUUUGUCAAAAUUUAUUUUCUCCCUUGAUUAUUAUAUUACAUUUUUUUAACCGACACAAUUUGUAUGAUGUUUAAUGCACCUAAAUUGUUGAUUUUUGAGAAAUAUUGUACGUACCUAGUUCAAAGACAUUUUCAAUAAUUUAAUUGAAAUAUUCAGUAAAAAAUGGUCUGCACAUGAACCAUGAGUGCACAGGCGGGCACUAGACAUUUUGCAGCGUGCGCUAAGAUCUGUCACUAUUACCAAAUUUGCACUUACUAUAUCUAGCUUAUUUGAGUUUUUUUAUUUUUAUUUAUCCAAAGUACUCUAAAUUUAACAACAUUUCACUAUUGAAUAACAAUAACUUUUAUUGUAUUUUUUUUAAUGUGUUGUAAUAUGUAAUAUAGUUGAUAAAUUAUAAUAUGCACAUUUUUUCAUAUUUCAUAAGAAUUUACUUUAUAUUAUAGCUGACAGUGUUUUUGAGCUGUAUAAAGUAUGCACAUACUCAAUACUUUAGGUACUCAAAGGGGCCUGACAAAUUGUUAUGAAUUUUCUUAAAUUGAUUUUGAUUUAAAAAAAUAUUUAAAAAAAAAGUAUUUACCUGGUUAAUACCCUUAAAAUAAUGAAAAGCGUUUUUUAUAUAUAAAAACUUUAAAUAGUGGUUGAAAUCAAGUGGUGUCUUGAUAUUCUGGGGUAAUGAUUGAGCAGUCUACUGUCUUUUCAUUAAAUAAUUUGUUCAUAUAUCAAAAGAAAUAAUCAAAAAGUUUCAACAAGUUUUACCUAGUAAAUCAGUAAAAGAUUUAAAAAUUAAUUAAAAUUUCAGUCACUGUAGAGAACAGCUCAUGUGUUUUAAUAAUGUGUAAAAUCUAGUAUUGGAAUUAUCAGCCAGUAGAUACACAUAUUGGAGUAGGAUUAUAUUACAGAGUUUAAGAUAAGUGGAAAGUGCCUUGAUAUAAAGUGUUAAAUAUCCGUUUGUAUUAUGUAGAUAGUUUAAUAUAUAAAAGCUAAUAUUUUGUAAUUAACAUGUAACGAGUUAAAAAAUGGCUGUGAAUGAAUUCUAAUUUGUAAAUAUAUAAUCUCUAAAGUGGAUGCAAUGAUUGAAUGUGUAAAGGUUAGAAGUUGUAGGUCCAAACAUUUCAUUAAUAUUAUUUAUAUCAUGUUAAAGUAUUAGACCAAUUUAUCUAAAUCAAGAGACCUGUAUUUUGUUUCCAAAAUGUUACAAAAAACAUGUUGUGUAAAAUGGAGUAUACUGAAAUAUGACUCGUUCUCUGGCAACAGUAUAUAUUACUUACUUGACGGUUUUAUUAAUUGUACUUAAAAGUUGCUUUUUGUCUACAUCACAAUAAACAUUAAAAAAAAUCAUCACUUAUAUUUUCGUAACACAUUUGUGAUUUAUUUAUUUGUAUAACUGUUAACUGCCUACAUUCCUUAAGGAAGACAUGUACAGAAUGUAAUGUAGAUAUUAAACUACUGUAUUUAUAACUGUUUUGUAAAGCAAUAUUUUAAAUAAAUAUGUUUUUGUUA